AUGUCACCGCAGAAUGCGGCGCUCCAUCCUAACUUUGCGGUCGACUACGUGAUCCUGCUUGAAGAAGCUGCGUUGACAAUUGACGCGCACAUAGAUAAGGCAAAAGCUGCAGAAGGAUUCGAAAACCUUGUCAAGUCAUUGGCAAGAGUAGGGUUAGCAACAGAAGUCCGCAACGGUGAAAAUAGAGAGACUCAGGCUACUUUAACAAGUCAAUCAAUGACGGACGCAGAGCGCCUGCGAAUUGUCUACCAUAUGAUAACCAACUCCCGAGAAGAAGGGGGUGCAGGAAUAACACCGAAGCAUGGCGAGUGGAAGAAUGUUGAAUCUAUAUUUCCGUUGCAUGACCAUGCAUAUAACAAAGAAUGGAUCAAGAAGUGGUCGAAGUCAUGGCUAUUGAAUGUUGAAGACCUGGAUGAGAUUCGAGAUCGACUUGGGGAGAAGGUAGCUUUCUACUUUGCGUUUACGCAGUCAUAUCUCUCAUUCUUGCUGUUCCCGGCCGCCUUCGGGUUCUCCUCCUGGGUUUUGCUUGGCCAUUUCUCGCCAAUCUAUGCCGUCGUCAACGGAUUAUGGAGUGUCAUCUUCAUUGAGUACUGGAAGCACCAGCAAAUCGACCUCGGGAUAAGAUGGGGAGUACGGGGCGUCUCAGCUAUACAAGAAAAGCGCCGGGAUUUUAGCCAUGAGAAGGAAGUCAAAGACCCUGUCACGGGAGAAGUGGUGCAGGUUUUCCCUGCUACGAAACGUCUAAGCCGACAGCUUCUCCAAAUUCCCUUUGCUAUCAUUGCCGCUACUGCAUUGGGCACGAUCAUUGCUACCUGUUUUGGUAUUGAAAUUUUUCUAUCGGAGGUGUACAACGGGCCUUUCAAGGGCAUCUUGGUUUUUCUCCCUACUGUGCUUCUGACAACGUUGAUUCCCACAAUGUCGACUUUACUGACCGAAGUCGCUACGCGUCUGAAUGAGUAUGAGAACUGGGAGACGACAGAUAGUUACGACUACGCUAUGACCUCAAAGAUCUUUGUACUCAACUUCAUUGUAUCCUAUCUGCCAAUAUUUCUGACCGCCUUUGUAUACGUGCCAUUUGGCAGUCUCAUUGUGCCGUACCUCGACGUAUUCCAAUUGACAGCUCGCCCGUUUGCGACAGAAGACAAACAACUCGAGACCCCUAAGACUGGCUUUCAGAUCAAUCCCGAAAGGCUCCGGAAACAAGUAAUCUAUUUCACAGUCACGGCGCAAAUUGUCAAUUUUGCGAUGGAAACGAUCGUUCCCUACGUCAAACGCAGAGCCUUCAGCAAAUAUCAGGAUAUGAAAACAGAGCGAGCAGCAAAGAAAGGCGGCGCUUCUCCUGGGGCUGGUGCUAAUGAUACCCCUGAAGAGGCCGAAUUUCUGACGAGAGUGCGCAAAGAAGCUGAGCUUGAUAUCUACGACGUGACUGGAGACUUGCGUGAAAUGGUGGUGCAAUUUGGAUAUCUCGCUCUCUUCUCCGUGGUAUGGCCGCCAACAGCGUGUUCUUUCCUCGCGAAUAACUGGGUCGAACUACGCUCCGACGCGUUCAAAAUAUGCGUGGAAAUGCAGAGGCCAACGCCUUUACGAGCUAGUGGUAUCGGUCCAUGGUUAGAUAGUCUUGGCUUUCUAUCCUGGGUUGGAAGUAUUACAACAGCCGCGCUUGUCUACCUCUUCAGUAACGAUGGAUUGGGUCCAGACGGAACACCAGGAAGCGUACAAGGCUGGGCCUUGCUGUUUGCGAUUUUCUGCUCCGAGCAUCUCUAUCUACUUACCCGUUGGGCUGUCCGGAUAGCGAUCUCAAAACUUGAUUCUCCUGGCAUGCAAAAAGAACGGGCAGAAAAAUUUUCAGUUCGAAAGCGCUAUUUGGAGGAAAUCUCGGCCAAUGAUUCCCUGGAGGUGCCUCCACCUAUUGAAAGUGAGCAGAUCACACGAAGCUCAUUGGAGGAGGACGCGAGACAGGAAACAUUGAGGAGCAGCGGACCAGUCGAUCACUUCUGGAGUAGACAAAGAAGUUGGGAAGAGAGUGCUAAGGUCGGGAGCAAGCUGAUUGCUCAGGUGGCACCACCUGAAUCUAAGAAAAGCCAGUAA